CCGGUCAAUUCCCAGAGUGCUUUGCGGCUGUGAUGGCUGCCCCCGGCCGGCGCGGGGCUGCGCUCUUCCCAGCGGUGUUAGGGCUUUGGCAGCUGGGCCCUGUCGCCGCGAGGGAAUGGGCGACCCGGUUCCCGUCCCUCCUGGGCUUUCAGCGGAGGUGCGUGUCCUGUGCUGCAGGCGCCACUUCCUCUGGCCCCCUCCUGGCCUCAGCUUCUAGGCGUUAUGGCCCGAACUCGGCCCUGGAUCGCAUCCUCGGACUCUCUCAGCCCGACAGUUCGUUAACCUUGACUCCUCGCGUCCCCGCCGUGUCCAUGAACAGAGAUGAGCAGAAUCACCUCUUGGCUCAUCCCCCCAACAUGCCUGCGAAUCCCCGCAUCCUACGAGUGGCCAUUCUGGGUGCCCCGAAUGCAGGAAAGUCAACGCUCUCCAACCAGCUGCUGGGCCGAAAAGUGUUUCCUGUCUCCAAGAAGGUGCACACCACCCGCUGCCAGGCUCUGGGGGUCAUCACGGAGGAAGAAGCUCAGGUGAUUCUACUUGACACACCUGGCCUGAUCAGCCCUGUUGAAAAAAAAAGGCACAAUCUGGAGCUCUCUUUGUUGGAAGAUCCCUGGAAGAGCAUGGAAUCUGCUGAUCUGGUCAUAGUCCUUGUGGAUGUCUCUGACAAGUGGACUCGGAACCAGCUCAGCCCCAAAGUGCUCCAGUGCUUGACCCAGUUCUCCCAAGUCCCCAGCAUCCUUGUCAUGAACAAGGUAGAUUGCCUAAAGAAGAAAUCAGUUCUCCUGGAGCUCACGGCCGCCCUCACCGAAGGGGUGGUCAAUGGCAAGAAGCUCAAGAUAAGGCAGGCCUUCGGGUCCCGGCCAGGCACCGGCUGCCCCAGCCCAGCAGCUCAGGACCCAAACACACAGUCUGGGAGAGGCCCUCGGAGGACUGGCUGGCCCCACUUCCAAGAGAUCUUCAUGUUGUCAGCCCUGAGCCAGGAGGAUGUGAAAGUACUAAAGCAAUACCUCCUGGCCCGGGCCCGGCCAGGGCCCUGGGAGUUCCACAGUGAAGUCCUCACGAGCCAGACACCUGAGGAGAUCUGCUCCAACAUCAUCCGAGAGAAACUCCUAGAACACCUGCCCCUGGAGAUGCCCUACAACGUGCAGCAGAAAACCAUUGUGUGGGAGGAAGGAACCUGUCUUAGCUCAGUCCCCAGCUAAUUCCUCUCACUGGGGACACAGGCACUUUGGUCUAGAAGUUGGCCCGUUGGUGGGAGCAGUGGCACCCUGCUUCCUCCUGUCAUUGGGCCCAAAGUUUCUCCCCGAGUUGCCAGUGGGUAGCAGAGAGAUCUAUUUUUUUUAAUUCUUUAUUGUUAAAAGUAUUACAUUUCCCCCUUCUUUUCCCCCCAUUGACCUCUCCCCAGCCGCCUCCACCCCCCAGAAAGAUCUUUUCCUCCCUCUCAGAUCCUCCACCUGAAGUCACAUAAGAACCCAUGUGUCCCGAGUGAGGUGGUGCCUCCCACCUGUUCCCCCCAAGUCCUUGUUACCUCCCACCCCUCAUGCUCCCCAUUCUUGGAUCCAAAUAAAGUUAAAAGACAAGC